GGUCGUUACUAAGGAAGUACAAUAUAGGAAGCACUUUUCAUGCGUUGUCUUCAAAACACCUCAAUCGUAAGGGUUAAAGAGACUACAUGUUUCAAAUGUCUUCUAUUUUCUGUUAACUCCUAUUGCAUACUAUACUUUCCGCAAGCAAUUUGCUCGAUACUUCCUCGUUCUAUUUAUAGAUUUACAAAUAUGGCAAAAAUAAAAACUCUCGCGAUCUUUGAGUAAACAUUUCCGCGUCCUACAAGCAUCAACAAAAAGAAAACGAAAAUACAAGAAAACAAGGUAAAAAUCUGCACGCAUGUGCAACCUCUACUAUCACAUCCUCAUCAGCUGAGCAUGUCCGAGCUGCUAGCAUCACCAUGGCAACCAAUACCACAUACGCGCCAUCAGGCAGUUCCCAUGGUGCAGUGAGCGCCCCGGUCAAGGAAGAACUGAAGCACGUGAUUCAGAGUAGACGAGCGUGCCAGGGACUGGGGCGACUUUCGUUACCUAUAGUUACCGAGAAGAAGCCACCGCCAAAGCUCACUCCUGCAGAGGAGCUAAAGAUCAUUCGCAGAAGACAGCGCAACAAGCAGGCCGCCUCUCGUUGCCGCGAGAAACGGAGACAAAGGCUAGAGGAGCUGCAGAGGGAGGCCACCGAACUGGAAGAGCAGAACGCAGAGGUUGAAAGGGAUAUCGCCACCUUAAUUGUUGAAUACAACGAGCUGGAAGCGCUUCUUACAGAGCACGCAUGCGUACUGCCAUACGGCGCCGGGGAUCACGUGGGACGCCAGCUAGGACCUCCAUUAUAGAAUCCACCCGAGGGACACACGAGUAUUAUAGAAUCCACCCGAGGGACACACGAGGGGACUGUAUGGCCCGGGUCUAUUGCAGCGGCUUAACCAGGAUUUUUAAGAGGGGGCCCAAAAGGCAUUUUCUCCUGUAUUUUAGUUAAUGUCUUAUACAUUUACUGUAUUUUUGGCUGCCUGGCUAACCCCAUGUAUUGAAAAUGAGAAAAAUGGUGACGUGGAAUAUUGGGACAUAUUGAGAGGACUGGGUUUUAUCCUUGCGUUAGCCUCGACGGCUUUAGGUCAACCCGGUACGAUUCUCCACAAUGGUACAGUAAACGUUUUAUCAUUCGCAUUCGCAAAACUAUAUGCUAAAUUACAUGAGAUAUGGAUGUGUUCGGGUAGAAAUAUUUAUAUAGAAAACAAUGAUCGGUGUUUUAAUUGUGUAUACUUUCUAAUUCUUUAAAAGUGAAAUUUCGUUCUUAUCAUUUUCAUUAUGCUAGCCUUUUUUAAUCAAUGCUAUUAGUCAGGGACGGAUACAAGGGCGUGGAUCCUUCUAAUUCAACCCCCUUCCCCACCCCCACCCCCCCCAACCGCUGUUCUCUGUCUUAACUGUCUUAAAAUCAUGAAUCGUGACUUCGUAUUAUGGAUCUAUUGUAUGCAUUAGAAGAAAACAUGGUAUACAUCAGCCUAGUGCCGGGCGUUCUUACCGGGUUUCCUGUCCUGCCAUGAGGCAGCUUGGGUUCUGGGACGAGCCCAUGGUUUCCUGUGACGUAACAGCUCUUAACACAGGAGGUCCGAUCAGAACACCGUACCUGGGACUAGGUAUGGAUAAAUACAAAAAAGCCUAAAUUGUCAUAAGACUUCUUCAGGGCAGACCUCCCUUAAGAAGUCUUGUUAAAGACAAAAAUUUGGCAGAGUCGAAUACAAGUUUUUGGUGUAUUGGGACUAGGUAUGUGGUAUACGUAUUGUUGGUGUAUUGGGACUAGGUAUGGGGUAUCCGUAUUGUAGCCACUACACACUAAUAAAGAGAACCCCGAAACGUC